CAUUAACACAACAAUUACGCAAUGAUUUUACUGGUCUGGCCUAUCCAUCCAUCCAUUUUCUACACACCACUUUUUGAAACCCCUUACCGAAGCAAAUAGCCAGCCAUCCAUUUUCUUUGCCACUUAUCCUCACAAGGGUCGCGGGGAGUGCUGGAGCCUUUCUCAGCUGUCACUGGGCAGGAGGCAGGGUAAACCCUGAACUGGUUGCCAGCCAAUUGCAGGGCACAUCGAGACAAACAGUCGCCCUCACAAUCACACCUCGGAGCAAUUUAGAGUGUCCUAUUAAUGUUGCAUGUUGCAUGUUUUUGGAACGUGGUAGGAAACCGAAGUACCCGGAGGAAACCCAUGCAGGCACGGGGAGAACAUGCAAACUCCACACAGGCGGGGCUGGGAUUGAACGCGGGUCCUCGGAACUGUGAGGCCAACACUUUACCAGCUGAUCCUCCGUGCUGCCCGCUCUGGCCUACAUGACACUAAAUUAGACAGUAUAUGUGGCCCCUGCACUACACUCAUGCUCUAAAUUUAUUUGUAGGUGUGAACGGAAGUGUGAAUGUUUUUAACUGGUCGUGACCAGUCCAGGGUGUAUCGCACAUUUUUCCUAAAGUCAGUUGGUAGAAAAUGGAAAGAUAAUUAAAUGGGUUUUUUGUAUGACAAAUCGGGCUGGUGAGUAAUCAGAUAGGGGGUGCAGUUUUAAUGAGGUGAGUAUAAGUUUGGAACUGAGUGCAAGGAGUGAUCUGAUUUCCUGUGGGAGGGGUAUCAGCAGGAUGUGGCAGCUGCGGAGGGCGAACCCUCCAUCUCUGAUGAUGGGGUGAGCAAGGGUGUGUCAGGCUUAGGUUGGAAGGGGUGAUGGCAGAGCAAUUUCGUGAGGUAGGAGCAGGCGAUAUUGCUUUUUAGGUGUACAGCAGGAGUGGUGUUGGAUAGGGAGAUAGUGCAGUUUUUAUUUUGAGGUGAUGUGGAGUGGGUGAAGGUGAGUAGACUGGCUGAGAGGGGGGUAGUCCAAAAACAAUGGAGGCAUACAUAAGUGGCAAAGCGGUGGCGAGGGUUGUGUUGAAGUGCUCAUUAGUUUUGAGGGUGCGAAAAAAAAGUUGUUUUGAGAAGCAAUGAGGCCUAGGGAUCGAGGUGGGUGGGGUUGACAGCAUGUUCAACGGUGAUGGGAGGAGUUCAGAUUUAUUGCAGUUGAGUGGUGAAGGGGAGUUGAAGAUGAUAGCAUUUGAGGGGCAUCGCUGGGGUGCCUGGCUCAGGGGUCAAGAGGGGGAACAUUUAAAGAACACGUUGUUGGUUUAGCCCCCGCCCGUAUCUUUUUUAAAUGUGUGUUGGGGGCAUGUGUGUUAAAGUUAAAUGGCCAGGACACCUUUGAACACUCUUUGGAGGCUUUGACAUAUGUAAUCGCUCUAAGUUGUUUGUGUUGCCCUUGAAAUGUCACUAAUACAUCAUGUUGACAGGGAUUCAUCACUGGUGUCAGAAAUGAUGUUACAUAAUCUACUCAUCCAUUUCUAUGCCAACUGUUACAUUGAAACUAAUAGCUACUUAGUUGUGCUAAAUAUAGAAUUCCAAAAAUGACCAUUCUCAGCAGAGUGACUACUUGCAAGACUCGGACAGUAUUCGAUCUAAUUGAUAAAUGACAAUCUGGGAUCAGGAUCUGUAGUUGCUACUGGAUUUGAGUGAAAAUGCACCCCAUCAGGCCGGAAUGCCACCCCAGGCCCAUGCUCCCGACUUUCCCGGUGGGAUCUCGUUUUUCACAGCCGGCUGCAAUGAUGACGGGCCCCAACAUGUACAACGUACCGCAGCAAAUCAGACCACCGGUGCACCUCAAUAGUCAUGCCGGCUUUCAUAAUCAUAGUCAGCAACAACUGUCGCAUCAAUGGCCUGUGCAAAAUGUCCUGGGCCCACAUCCUCAACAAAUGAUGAGGGCGCCGUCAGGGAUGAUGAUGACACCUGGGGCCCCUCAGAUGGUACCUGUUGGAUUUAUGAAUGGAGAAAUUUUGUUUGAGCAGGUACAUCCUUUGAUGUCUGCAGCUCCUCCCCAAAACCUCUUCACAACAAUGCCCCAGGUCCAGCUGAAGAAAAACAUCCCCCAAAGCAUGAUGCUGCCAUCACCAUGCUUCGCCGUAGCCAAGUGCUUGCCCCGAAAUUUCUGCAGUUCCUUCAAUGUCGCAGUCAGCCUCUUGGAAGCCUCUCUGACCAGUUUUCUUCUCAUCUUUUCAUCAAUUUUCGAGGGACGUCCAGUUCUUGACCGUGGUUUGUUUGUGCUGUAUGAUGUGACUACAAACAUUUUAGGAAAAGCCGACUGGAACAUCUCAAUGUUAUUUGAGGUUAAUCAGAGGCACUUAAAUGGUAAUAGCAAUACAAGGAAGACUGAACACGUGCGGGAGCGGCCCUACAUAAAGAAGCCACCAAACGCCUUUAUGUUGUUCGCAAAUAAGUACAGAGAAGUGGUCACCAUGCAACUGGAAAAGAGAGACAGUGCAUCUGUUCAUGUGGCCCUUGGAAAAAUGUGGAAGUUGCUACCCCAGGCAGACAGGGACAAAUAUUACGAAGAAGCCGAUGCUCAGAAACGACGACAUGCCCAACUGUAUCCUCGCUGGUCCACCUGUGAAAACUAUGGGAAACGCAGAAAGCGGCGGAAAAGUAAAGUUCACGCCAGUGUUUCAAAGGAUACACCAGAUCCAGAAGGUCCUCACACCAAUAGUAUGUGCCUUUCUACAGUCCAGAAAGACAUAAUGGUAUAUGAAGAAUUGGACUCUUCUUCAGAAGCAAUGCAUUACAAUUCCCAGCCUCACUCCGCACUCGAGUCAGAAGAGUCCGUGGAAGCACUAAACGAGGAAAAGAAAUUCAUGCAGAUGCCGUGUGUCAAAAAUGAACUUUCAAUUACUCCAGACGGACAGACUCCGGGAGAAACCCUUGAGAAUGACCACACGCUGAAUCUCCUCGAUUGUAUGCUUCUUUCCCCUGCUUCUCAGAUUGAGCUCCAGAGUGUUGAAGAUGGGUUCCAAUUGUUACUGGAGCAUUUUGAGCCUCAAGGGCUUCCGGCACAUACAGAGGCCGAGGAGUAUACCAAGCCUAUGAGUUUAGGGGAAUCACACCAGCUCAUCAUCAAGUUGUUUGAAGGUCCUUCGUUGCCAGGGAAUCUAAAGGUAGAGACUCAGCUGGACCUGGCUAUGCAGGGUCACACAGUAACAGCAGGCCCCUCUAAGCCUCUGAAUAAACCGAUCCAAUUAGCGCUGGAGCACCUUGAGACACAACCGUCCAUUGCUGAGAGAGGGCAUCUUAAGGAAGAGAUGCAACCAUGUUUCAUUGCACACUGCCAGACGUUGGUGGCAGGGACGGUAAAACAAGAGGUUUCGGAUCAAGUACCACAAGGACAGCUUGAGACAACGUCUUCAACUGGACUCAGUGUAAAGGAAAAGACCCAAAUGUCGACCACCCUACAGAGUCAGAAAAUAACACAAGUAUUCAAUACCCUCACUGUGCAGAAUCCUACAAUAAAUUCCUCCAAACUACUAAAUCAAGACACAGAGAUCCAAACACCAUCAGGGGAUUUUGAGACCUCCGCCAGAAGUCAAGCAGUGUCCAUUCGGUCUGUGACUAAAGAAAAACUCUCCGUGCCACUGCAACAUGUUGAGACCCCAUCAGCUGGAACCCAGUCAAGAGAUGGAGACCUCCUCCAGUGUCUUAGUUUUGGUGAUGAGCUACAGUUCUAGUUCGUUGGUGUACUCCUGGAGGAGCCCGACUGACAAUCUCCCAUUACUGUGGUACUGCAUGCGCAAGUCUGGUGUGGCGGAGAAAUAUGUUAGAAUAGUACAGGACAUGUAUGAGGGCAGCAAAACAGCGGUGAGGUGUGCUGUUGGUGUGUCAGAAUAAUUUAAGGUGGAGGUGGGACUGCAUCAGGGAUCCGCGCUGAGCCCCUCCCUGUUUGCGGUAGUAAUGGAUAGGCUGACAGAUGAGGUUAGACUGGAAUCCCCUUGGACCAUGAUGUUCGCAGAUGAUAUUAUGAUAUGCAGUGAAAGCAGGGAGCAUGCAGAGGAACAAUUAGAAAGAUGGAGACACGCACUGGAAAGGAGAGGAAUGAAGAUUGGCCGAAGUAAAACAGAAUAUAUGUGCAUGAAUGUGAGGGGCGGAGGAGGAGGAGUAAAGCUGCAGGAUGGAGCUGCCAGGCAAAAGAGCAAGAGGAAGACCAAAGAAAAGGAUGAUGGAUGUUGCGAGGGAGGACAUGAGGAGAGUGGGUGUUAGAGAGGAGGAUGCACAAGAUAGGCUUGGAUGGAAAAAGAUGACACGCUGUGGCGACCCCUAAGGGGACAAGCCGAAAGGAAAAGAAGAUUUUCAUCAAUAACCACCAGACUAUGCAGCCUGCCGGUUACCCUAAAGUGGGUACUAGUUUUUCAAUUUUAGAUUAGAUAGCCUAUAGUUCUUGAUUUUUCUUUUCAUUAUAAAUGUUAACAAAGUAUCGCAUGAUUGUACAGUCUUUACAGCGCAUCGAAAUGACCAAUUAAAUAUGUUUUAUAACUUAGUACUUUUUCAAUUAGCUGCUCCGGUAUUUGUCACUUGGCAUAUUUUGCUUCAGAGUGCAAAACGGCGCAGCAACGCAGUUCAGACCUCAAAAGUUUUUACUUUUUUUGUUUUGUUUUUAGAAACUUUAUGACAUUUAUUAGAAUAGCAAAUUGCCAUUUUUGGUAGAGACAUUGAUUUACGUGUCUAAAUCUAGCUUUUAAUGGAAUUAUGUAAUUUAUAUGUUCCUUAUAUAUAUGUUCUGAAGUAUAAAUCUGCAUGACCAUUGUAAAUGUAUAAACAUAGUGAUGCAGUUUUAUGGUAAUAUAAAUAUAAGGACAAAAAAUGUAUUUUUGUAUCAUUAUUAUUAAGGGAUGCAUAGUGUGUCAAACAGUCUUGAGAAUCUACUGUAUUUCCAACCUUUAUGGCACCACAACUACAAGCAGAACUAAUAAGACUUUGUGUGUAGUUGCUAAAUUUUCCGUAUACAAUAUAUUUCUCUUAGUAUACUGUGUAUAUACUCAUUUGUGCUGCAAUAUAACAAAGGUUGAUGAAUGGAUAGAAUUAACUUGCAUGUGUGCUGUACGAUUUUGGAGUCUGGAUAGUUCUAAUUUUCUGUAUCCAUUUGUGCUGGUAUACUAUGUAUAAAUUAUACUAUACACCCAUAUAUGCUGCUAUGUAUCGAUGACGAUGGAUGAACACGUCG